CCUUCUAGCGCUGACCAUCCUUGCCAUGUUCAGCCAGAGAUACUCCCAGGCCUUCCCACUGGACACGGUCAACAGAGGGGCAGAGUUUGUGGCGACACUGAGGCUGGUCUACCCCCACGCAGACACGCUCUGUGAGAAGGACUUUGACUGGCUCUUUGACUGCCCUCAGACAAAGCAGUUCCUGGAGUGGUUCUGCAGCACGGUGGGUGAGGAGAAUGUGCUGAGCCCAGCUGAGGUGGAGGCCUACGAUGCCCUGUUGGCUGCAGGCAAGCCCAUCCUGGAAGGUGAUGCUCUCGAGCAGGCGUUACAGAUGUGCCACCAGGUCCCGCAGUUGCCAAGCAUGAUACCGGAUGAUGAGGGUCUCUCUUUGGAGGCCCUGCAGCAGGAGCUUCAGGAGCUGAAGGACUAUCGUGACCUUCAGCUCUGGCGGCACAGCAAGCUGCAGGUUUGGGCAGCCAACCUGCAGCGGGAGCUGAGGUGUUUGGAGGAGGAGGAGGCAGUGGUGAAGCAGGACUUGAGGAAGGCUCAGGUGGACCUGGAAGUAGAAGCCUUCCAAACCAGGGCUGUCCUGAGCCAGGUCAGCAAGGCUGCAAAGCAGCUGGCAGAGUGGCAUGGGGAUGUGGGGAAAGGCCGGCUGCCGGCACUGCUGUGCGAGAUGGAUCUUGGCCCUUACAUGGAGCUAGAACGACAGGCCACCAACAUGUUUGAGAGUUUCUUCCAGCAGGUCUUACCAGGGAGUGUCCAAGCUCCAGAUGCUCAGGGAAAAAGUGCACAGGGGAAGAGCAGCCUGAAGGAAAGGCUGGAGGCUGCAACACAGAUGGACUCAGACUGGAACAUACUGGAAGGAAGAAGAGGAGCUCCUUAUCAAGAGUGUGCAAACACACCAUGGAGGGUGGCAGCAGCAAGUCAGGGAAUACUGGUCCGAGGCUCAAAGGCAGAGCUGCUAGUGGAGGGGAGGAAUGGAAGAGAGGUGUUGAGCAUGGGGGAUGAGGAAGAGAGAGAUAGCAGCCAGGAAGCCACAGAGAGAAUGGAUGCCGAGCAAACAACAAUGCUGAAAAGCCUUGGGACUGAUGGAGAUGAGCUACUGGAGGACCAAGACCACUACUGGAAGGAGCUGAGCCGAAUGGAGAAAGCACAUAUCUGUGCCCAGAGGGAGGUUAUAGUCAUGUCAGCAAAAGUGGAAGGCAACUGCGCUGCGCUGGAGUGGGCCCAGAGGACUCUGGAAGCUCUCAAGGAGAACCAGCAUGUAGUUGAGGCAGAGCUCCGGAGUCAGGCUGCCACACUUCAAAAGCAGCUUCACGCCCUGCGUUGCAACGUCACGCAGAUCCUGAACCACCAGCUGCCAUCCCUGCUGAAGGCAGAGGCCUGCCUCUCUCGUGGGCCCAUCCUGCAGAGGCAGCUCAGCCUGGAAGCUGCCCAUCUGCAGUACGUUGCCAGGAGGCAGGAGGAGGCAGCUGCGUGGCUGGCAAGCCAGCACAGCCGCCUGGAUCUGCUGGAGCUCCAGCUGAAAUGGGAGAGAAAGGAGUUGGACCAGAAGGCUUCUCAGCUGGGGGAGAUGAGAACUGCUAUGAGGGAAGCCCAGACCAGGCUGCAGGAGCAGCAGGACUACUUCAAAGAUGCCAUCUCCUCCCAGAAAGGUUGUCCAUGCAUAUGGAUAGACCCCAAAGACCUCUCUGCUGUACGGUAAGGGCCUGGGUGUGUGUGUGCAUGAGGAACAAACUAGAUGUGGAGGAGGUGGCAUGGGAAUGGGAGAGGCAAGUGGCAGACCCAAGCUACCAGGCAGUCUAGCAGUGCUCUUCUGCCAGUGCAGAGGCACCCUGACUCCACAGUAGUGUGAAAUACCCCAGAAGAUGGCAUUUGCUUCUUCCUGGCUGGCUAU